ACAAGAGGGAGAGGCAGYAGCAUCAUGUAGUUAUUCUGAAAAGAAACAAACCCUUCUCCACCUAAUCUCUUAAGCAGUUGUUGGUUAUUUUAAUACCAAGCAAAUCAGCUUUAUGGUUCCAUGGUACUUGAGCAGCUAGCACACUGAAGAUGUCACUGUGUUUUCAAAAGACUGCUCUUCUGGGUAGCUUGCUGCAACUGGUCUGAUCUGCUGAUAAUGAUGCAAGAAGAAGGACCAACUCCAGGAGACUGACAAUGUGCRGGAAGCCUCUGUCCCUCCUAUCACAGCUGACUGUGGGUGAAGCCUCAGGAGUUAUGGAAACUCCACAGAAGUCCCAUGCAAGUGGUGCCUCUUGUUUUCCCGAGCAGAGCCUGCUUUCUGAUACUAAAGCAGAGUGCAGUUCCUGUGUAGAAACUGAGGACAGAAAAAGCUCAAGGCAACAGAUGAGUUGUGAAAGAGAACAACUAAGGGGUAAUCAGGAAGCUCCCGCACCUCCUGACACCAUGGCGCAGCCUUACGCCUCGGCGCAGUUCGCUCCUCCUCAGAACGGCAUCCCCGCGGAGUACCCGGCCCCGCACCCGCACCCCGCGCCCGACUACCCCGGCCAGAGCACUGUUCCCGAGCACACGUUAAACAUGUACCCGCCUGCCCAGACGCACUCGGAGCAGAGCGCCGCCGACACAAAUGCACAGACCGUCUCCGGCACAGCCACACAGACAGAUGAUGCAGCACAGACUGAUGGCCAGCAACAGACACAAUCCUCUGAAAACACAGAAAACAAAUCACAGCCAAAACGGCUGCACGUCUCAAAUAUACCGUUCCGAUUCCGGGAUCCAGAUCUUAGACAAAUGUUUGGUCAAUUUGGUAAAAUCUUAGAUGUUGAAAUUAUUUUUAAUGAGCGAGGCUCAAAGGGAUUUGGUUUCGUAACUUUCGAAAAUAGUGCUGAUGCGGACAGGGCGAGGGAGAAAUUACACGGCACCGUGGUAGAGGGCCGUAAAAUCGAGGUAAAUAAUGCAACAGCACGUGUAAUGACAAAUAAAAAGACGGUCAACCCUUACACGAAUGGCUGGAAAUUAAAUCCAGUUGUUGGUGCAGUUUAUAGUCCAGAAUUCUAUGCAGGCAGGGUGCUGCUGUGCCAGGCAAACCAGGAGGGAUCUCCCGUGUACAGUGCCCCCAGUUCUCUAGUAUACACAUCCACAAUGCCAGGAUUCCCGUACCCUGCAGCGACGGCGGCGGCCGCCUACCGAGGCGCGCAUCUACGAGGCCGAGGGCGCACCGUGUACAACACGUUCCGCGCGGCAGCCCCGCCGCCGCCGAUCCCGACCUACGGCGGUGUUGUAUACCAGGAUGGAUUUUAUGGUGCAGACAUUUAUGGUGGUUAUGCUGCCUACCGGUAUGCCCAGCCUGCCACUGCCACUGCAGCUGCCUACAGUGACAGAAAUCAAUUCGUCUUCGUUGCAGCAGAUGAAAUUUCUUGUAACACCUCUGCAGUUACGGACGAGUUUAUGCUGCAGACCCCUACCACCACACACUUGCUCCAGCAGCCACCUACGGCGUUGGUGCCGUGGCUAGUAUAUACCGAGGGGGAUACAGCCGUUUUGCUCCAUACUAAAUGACAAAACCAUAAAAACCUUCCAAUGUGGGGAAAAAGGAAGCUUUCCGAGGCCUGGGUAUUGCAAUACAUGCAGUAGUGCAUCAUUUUAGCAACUCUAAAAAGAGGAAAAAUUACAUUUUUUAUCUUAUACCUCAGAUAUUUUGUUCUGUGUAUUUUAAUAUUGUGGGUCUUUAAUUUCUGAAGGUUACGUAGUUUGAUUGCUGGCUGUAGAAGUUUUUGUGGUUGAUCUAGAAAGCUGCUAGAUAUGAAUAAAAACUGUUUUAGGGCCACAAUCAAGAGUGCUAUAUCAUGUAAAUGAAUUAUAUAUGCUGAAUAUUAAGCUAUUGGGGUUAUCACAUGUUUUGUAAGAGUGUAAGUGACUACAGUAGUCAUUUUUUUCUGCAUCUACAUUUAUUUUAGUUAUUGAGAGGGAGGGAGGGGGGAAUUUGGGGACACGGGAAGGGGUUUUGGCUAAAAUAUUAAUUAAUAAAGCAAAAAGGGGCCCCACUGCACCAACUAUCAUAUAUCAGCUGUCUUAAAUUAUUCACUCUUUGUUCAAAGCCAAAGGUUAUGUUCUUAUUAGGGGUGCUUCUCUUGACACUUGUACAUAAAAUCAGAUUAAAAGCUGUCCGAAGGCACCCUUUUAAAGCAUUCCACCAGGCAGUAUUCAGCUACUUAACCAUAACUAGUUAUUUAGGCAAAAACUGCUAGUUAGACCAUUAACAAGCAUUCUUUUUAUAUUUCUUCCAGUAAAGUAAAUUAUUGAUAUCAUUGCUGACUUUUAUAUUAUGGGAGGGAAAAAAAAAAAAAAAACAAUAAUAAAAAGGUGAUAAAAGCACUGUUUCUAUUUUUUUCUUUUUUUUUCCAAAAAAGAAAGUAAUAAAAACUUAAAUUCUUUGUACCAGUAAAAAAAAAAAAAAAAAAUGUAUAAAAUUUACAUCUGUGCAGUGGAGUUGUUAAGUUCUAGAAAUACACAGCCUAUGAUGCUUUAGAUUUAGCCUAGUAGACCAACUGUUAGAGACAGACGUAUCAUUUUUAUGGAAUUAUAUGAUAAUCAUAUUCAGAUUUAUAUAAGCAUUUUACAAGUAUUGCAAUCAUGGAGUAGAGAUAAUCAUGGUAUUUCCAUCCGCUUGGUACUUUUUGAAACAUGACUGUGUCGUGUAAGCAAGCUGCAAUUUUUCAAGGCGCGACGACUUGUCCCCAUUUGGUCUCCGAAGCCGAGGCCCUUGGGCUCCGAGCCCGGAGGCGCCCUUGGAGGCGGGAUGCGCGUGGGGACACGCGGGGACGCGGGGGUGGCACGGGCCGCCCAGCGGCACCCUGGCUCUGGAAAAUUGCAGUUUGUCUGUGCAUAUGUUUGGACUCUUUCCAUGUUGUCCUGUUUACAAGUUAACCUAAGUUGGGGUGUUUGUCACGGGUCUCCUUGUUUUUGUAUUUAAAUAAAUAAAGCGGGGAACUGUCUCGCUACAGUUUUGCUGCAGAUAGUUAUAUCCUCAUGUGUACCGUGCGGGCCGCCCGGCGUGCACCUUAGUAAAUGAUCAACUCACCGCUGUGAACCUGCCAACUUGCUAUAACAACUCUGCUUUAAGAAAGAAGUGUUUGUGAUCAGGCUUUCUCUUUGUCAUCGUAUGUGCAUGCAGUAUGAUCAGUUGAACAAUAACCAUCAAUAAAGUUUCACAAGAUUUGAAAACAAAGUUUCUGUAGCGUUUAUAUCUGAGAAUGACAAAUAAAUUAUCUUGGAAAUUGAAGCGGAGAGGGAAAGAGACUGUAUUAAUCAAUGAAAAAUGGGGCAGUAACAUAUAUUUAUACUGGUGAGGGAAUGAACUGGAAUUUAUUAAGAGUUCAAUCCCCACGUUUAUUAUC